GGGACUGGGGCAUGAAGGUGCAAGUGAGGGUCCCGGGAGGAGAGGAAUGGUGGGGCUCUCUUCUCCCAGGUGCACUGUGGGCUUUGCACACUUACUGGGCUUGGGGUCUUGUUGCAGAGAUGAAGCUGCUCCUGGUCCUAGCAGGAGUCCUGGCCAUUUUGGCCAUGCCCUGGCCAUCUGAGGGUGCUGCUCCAGCUGUCCAGGGGGUGAUAGAGACCUCGGUGGUGCUGACCUGCAUGGAGGAGGCCAAGCGGCUAGUGGACAAAGCCUACAAGGAGCGGCGGGAAAGCAUCAAGCAGCGGCUUCGCAGUGGCUCAGCCAGCCCCAUGGAACUCCUGUCCUACUUCAAGCAGCCAGUGGCAGCCACCAGGACAGCUGUGAGGGCUGCUGACUAUUUGCAUGUGGCCCUAAACCUGCUGGAGGGGAAGCUGAGGCCCUUGUUGUCAGGGCCCUUCAAUGUCACUAAUGUGCUGACACCUGCCCAGCUGAAUCUGCUCUCAAAAUCAAGCGGCUGUGCCUACCAGGAUGUGGGGGUGACGUGCCCGGAGAACGACAAGUACCGCACCAUCACUGGGCAGUGCAACAACAGACGCAGGCCCACCCUGGGGGCCUCCAACCGCGCCUUUGUGCGCUGGCUGCCAGCCGAAUAUGAGGAUGGCUUCUCACUGCCCUACGGCUGGACGCCUGCGGUCAAGCGCAACGGCUUCCGGGUGCCCUUGGCUCGAGCGGUCUCCAAUGCCAUCGUGCGCUUCCCCACGGAGCAGCUGACCCCGGAUAAGGAGCGCUCACUCCUGUUCAUGCAGUGGGGCCAGCUGAUUGACCACGACCUUGACUUUACCCCAGAGCCAGCAGCCCGGGCCGCCUUUGUCAGUGGCCUCAACUGUGAGAUCAGCUGCCUGCAGCAGCCGCCCUGCUUCCCACUCAAGAUCCCACCCAAUGACCCCCGCAUCAAGAACCAACAGGACUGCAUCCCCUUCUUCCGCUCCUGCCCUGCCUGCACGGAGAGCAACAUCACCAUCCGAAACCAGAUCAAUGCGCUCACCUCCUUCGUGGAUGCCAGCAUGGUGUACGGCAGCGAGGACCCCGUGGCCAUGAAGCUGCGCAACAGGACCAACCAGCUUGGCCUGUUGGCCGUCAACCCCCGCUACAAGGACAACGGCCGGGCCCUGCUGCCCUUCGACAACCUGCACGACGACCCCUGCCUCCUCACCAACCGCUCCGUGCGCAUCCCCUGCUUCCUGGCAGGGGACACCCGCUCAAGUGAGAUGCCUGGGCUCACCUCCAUGCACACACUCUUACUGAGGGAGCACAACCGGCUGGCCACGCAGCUCAAGCGCUUGAACCCCCAGUGGAACGGAGAGAGGCUCUACCAGGAAGCCCGGAAAAUCGUGGGAGCCAUGGUCCAGAUCAUCACUUACCGGGACUACCUGCCCCUGGUGCUGGGGCCAGAGGGCAUGAGGAAGUACCUGCCCAAGUACUGCUGCUACAAUGAGUCAGUGGAUCCUCGCAUCUCCAACGUCUUCACCAACGCCUUUCGCUACGGCCACACCCUCAUCCAACCCUUCACGUUCCGCCUGGACAAUCAGUACAAGCCCAUGAGGUCCAAACCCCACAUUCCACUCAGCAAGGCCUUUUUUGCCACCUGGAGGGUAGUGCUGGAAGGUGGCAUUGACCCCAUCCUCCGGGGCCUCAUGGCCACCCCUGCCAAACUGAAUCGCCAGAACCAAAUCGUGGUGGACGAGAUCCGGGAGCGGUUGUUUGAGCAGGUCAUGAGGAUCGGGCUAGACCUGCCUGCUCUAAACAUGCAGCGCAGCCGGGACCACGGGCUCCCAGGGUACAAUGCCUGGAGGGGCUUUUGUGGACUCCCGCAGCCCAAAACGGUGGGUGAGCUGAGCACGGUGCUGAAGAACAUGGACCUGGCAAGGAAGCUGAUGGAGCAGUACGGUACACCCGACAACAUCGACAUCUGGAUGGGCGGCGUGGCCGAGCCCUUGGAGCCCAAUGCCCGUGUGGGCCGGCUCCUCGCCUGUCUCAUUGGGACCCAGUUCAGGCAGCUCCGCGAUGGCGACCGGUUUUGGUGGGAGAACAAGAACGUGUUCAGCAUGAAGCAGCAGCAGGCCCUGGCCAAGAUCUCUUUGCCUCGCAUCAUCUGCGACAAUACAGGAAUCACCACCGUGUCCAAGAACAACAUCUUCAUGUCCAACACAUUCCCUCGGGACUUUGUCAACUGUAGUACACUUCCCGCGUUGGACCUAGCUUCAUGGAGACAAAGUGACUAGAGGCUGUAUAAAGGGAUGCAGAGGAGCUGCCUGGAGAGGAACUGGGGCCCAUUGGCCCUUUUGUACCAUUUGUUUGCACCUGACAUCUAUGAUAAUAAAGUAGCACGGAUGGGGAUUUUUACUCUGUCUGUGUCUAUAGUGGGGCUAGAGCCUCAG